GAUUGACGCAAAUGGAAGCUGAUUUUUCAUUACUCCUCGAAUCUCAGGUGUUGAUUAGUUGCCAGAUCGAACCCUAUAUAGAAUAAGCUCAACACGAGAGGUUUGCUUCAUCCCAAAGCAGGAGAGACAUGAAUUCACUAGAAGUUUCCCUCCUCUGUUUCCUACUCUCUAUUAUUUUCAUACCCAACUUCACUGCUUCCCAAAUCCUAUUUCAGGGGUUCAAUUGGGAAUCAGCAAAGAAGGGAGGAUGGUACAACAUCUUGAAGCAGUCUGCAGCUGAACUAGCUUCUUCAGGAAUUACACACGUUUGGCUUCCACCACCUUCUCAUGCUAUUUCAGAUGAAGGAUACAUGCCUGGUAGGCUCUAUGAUCUCGCAUCAAAAUAUGGAAGCCAAGACGAAUUAAAGGCACUGGUAAAAACCUACCAUGACAAGGGGAUACAGAGCAUAGCAGAUAUUGUUAUAAACCACAGAUGUGCAGAGAAGCAAGAUGAGAGAGGAAUAUGGUGCAUUUUUGAAGGAGGAACGCCCGAUGAUCGCCUUGAUUGGGGCCCGUCUCUUAUUUGCAGCGACGACACAAAAUAUUCUGAUGGCAAGGGCAACCCUGACACUGGAGCUGACUUUGGUGGUGCUCCUGACAUUGAUCACAAAAACACAAGGGUCCAGAAUGAGCUCUCGGACUGGAUGAAUUGGUUGAAGACCGAAAUUGGGUUCAGCGGAUGGAGAUUUGAUUUUGUCAGGGGAUAUGCUCCAGAGUUCACCAAGUUGUAUGUAGCAAACACAAAGCCUAGUUUCUCAGUAGGAGAGUUAUGGAAUUCCCUUGCUUAUGAAAGUGAUGGAAAACCCAAGUACAACCAGGACAGCCAUCGCAAAGAGCUUGCUGGAUGGAUAGGGAAUGCUGGAGGAGAGGUUACCGCAUUUGAUUUUACAACUAAAGGGAUACUUCAAGCUGCCGUCCAAGGUGGACUGGGGAGGUUGAAGGACUCAAAUGGAGGGCCUCCUGGAUUGAUUGGAAUAUCGCCACGCAAUAGUGUGACUUUCAUAGACAAUCAUGAUACAGGUUCCACACAAAAGUUGUGGCCAUUUCCAUCAGAUAAAGUCAUUCAGGGAUACGCUUACAUUCUUACUCAUCCAGGGAUCCCAUCGAUAUUCUAUGAUCAUUUCUUUGACUGGGGAUUGAAAGAGGAGAUCUCAAAACUCACUGCGAUUAGGUCCAGGAAAGGGAUCAAGCCCGACAGUGUGGUGCAUAUCCUAGCAGCUGAUCCAGAUCUCUAUGUAGCUUCCAUAGAUGACAAAAUCAUAAUGAAGAUUGGUCCAAGAUAUGAGGUUGGGAACCUUGUACCUCGAACAUUCAAAAUUGCAACUUCUGGAAAGGACUAUUGUGUUUGGGAGAAAACAGCAUGAAGAUCCUGUUUGUAAGCAAUGAAUUAAUAAAGUAAUGCAAAGGUAAAGCAAGCCUAUAGCCUUAUUGGAGCCUCGGGUUUCAGUUUAGAAUAAAUUAGUCUUUAUCAUAGCCACAGCUAAAUUUUACAUUA